AUGUCGGGUAUUGGUGGUAAAGGUGGUAAAGGAGGUAAAGGAGGCAAGGGAGUCACGUCGAAGCGAGCACCGCAGUCACGGUCGCAGCGUGCUGGGCUUCAGUUUCCCGUGGGUCGUAUCCACCGGUUCUUGAAGAAACGUGUAGCCAAUAAUCAACGUGUAGGUGCAACUGCGGCUGUGUAUGCCGCCGCAAUCAUGGAAUACUUGACUGCUGAGGUGCUCGAGCUAGCUGGCAAUGCCUCGAAAGACCUCAAGGUAAAGCGUAUCACGCCACGCCAUUUGCAGCUCGCUAUCCGUGGAGACGAGGAGCUAGAUACGUUGAUAAAGGCUACGAUUGCCGGUGGUGGCGUUAUUCCGCACAUUCACAAGAACCUCAUUAACAAGCAGAACAAGAAGCGGAUGCCUCUGUAG